AUGGCAGCCGACACCAGCAGGCGACUGAACACCUCGGAGAACACUCUCUUGGAGGCAGACCAGCGCGAAGAUUCACCUCUCUUGUCUGACUCUUCCACUUCCACCGACGGGAUCCAGGAGGACAACGUUGACGCCACCACCAUCUACGCCCAGAUCCUGGAGGAGCACCUCCCCUGGCAUAAGCGCCCCUCAGCCUUCUGGCUCCUUCCCUUCUAUGGAAUGGCCGCUGUCAGCGGUGGAAUGUUGAUGGCGGCAUUGAGCCAGUUUGAGGUGACGCUUCUUUGUAGAGAGUAUAUGAACCGCUACCCGCCCUCGAACUCGACCAUACUGGCUGCUACCGGCGCUGCAACUCACUUGUUGAACACGAUGACACAGUCACCAUCCUCGAAGUUGAUGGGGGAAGUCAAUGUCUUCAGUCCACCCAUCGAAUGCCAAGUACCCGAGAUUCACGCCUUCACAGCGAAGGCAUUGGCUGUGAUGCAGGUCCUUGGAGGCAUCUGUGCCACGCUAUCAAUUGGAUACUGGGCGUCGUUGAGUGACAAGCACGGCCGUGUCAAGCUGAUGUUGCUCGGCGGUGUCAGCAACUUGAUCAUGCUCGGCUGUUUGGCGAUCAUGGGCAAAUGGUGGGACCAGGUCGGGUUCCCUCUGCUCUAUAUCAUGGCCACGCUCGGAGGGCUCCUAGGAGGUAUUGGUCUGAGUGCUACCAUGGGUAUGGCCUAUGCCGCCGACUGUACCGCUGUCAGCAAGAGGAGUUUGAUCUUCUCGUGGCUCCAUGCCAGUCUGUUCCUUGGACUCAUGAUCGGACAACCUAUAGGAGGCGUGUUGGCCAACAAAAUGGGCUUCAUGACACUCAUCCAGAUUUGCCUCGUCGCCACAGUGAUAUCGGGAGGAUUCCUCGUAUUCUUGCUUCCCGAGUCCCUACCCAGUAAACAGUCGCCUCGCAUCCGCCGACUGUACGAAGAGGCUAUUGGACCCAAAGCCGUGCAGGCUGCAGCAUCCAGUAAACGAUCUCAGGAGAACGUCGCCUGGCAUUCGCAUGUUGUCCGGUCUCUGCGGUUCUUCAAACCUAACGGUAACAACACCAACUUUAUCAUCCUCGCCGCCAUCUCUUUCCUCCAGACUCUGGCUCUCAACGGGACCUUCUCAGUGUUGAUUCUGUACACCAACAAGGUCUUCAACUGGACGGAACUCGAAGACGGCAUAUUGUUAUCUAUGUCAAGCUUUGUCCGGUUAAUCUCGUUGUUGAUCCUCCUCCCGGUUUUGGUCCAUUCUUUCCACAAGUGGAAUAAUAAGAAGCGAGGUGCCUUGGCUGCUGGACCUCAGGCGCACGAUGGACCCAACAAGAAGGAUGAUCUUAUCAACGCUUCUUCUUCCUCAUCCACUCACCCAUGGGCUGCUGCUGAACGACAGGAUCGUAAUGACAUCAAUACCAACGACAUUAUUGGCGACCACCCGGACAGGAUCUUGGUGGGACUGAAUGACCCCACUGUGGCUUCGAGUAUUGAGCAUCUGGGCGAGGCUGCGCUGAACCUCUCGGACGACGAGGAGUCCUUCCAGGAACGCCGGCGCCGCCAAUCGUCAGCCACCCUCUUAAAUUCCACCAAACCCAACUACUCUUCGAUCUCUUCUUCAUCAAACUCAGCACCGGCCUCUCGCAAGCAAUCCGUAGGCUCCGAACCCUCCCAAACCAGCCAGGCAGAGCAACAAAAGAAAUUAGAAAAUACCCGCGACGCCUUGAAGCUGGACACAUGGAUCAUUCGCCUAGGCUUUCUGAUCAACUCGACCACCUAUAUCGGCUAUGGAAUUGCCACCGAGCCAUGGAUGUUCUACCUCUGGUCGUCCCUCCACGCAAUCAGCAUCAUUGCUGCGCCAUCACUCAAAUCGUUGAUCACCAGCCAAGUCGAACCUUCACAGUUUGGUGCAGUUCUGGGAGCGGUCCAGGUACUGGACUCGAUGUCGGGGAUCCUUUCGCCGAUCGUGAUCUCGUGGGUCUAUGCGUUGACCGUAGGGACGAUGCCCGAGUUUGUGUGGUACACCUGUGCGGCUUUGACGGGCAUCUGUACUAUCCUCUCGUUCAUGAUCCGUCAGCGACUGUUUGGGCGUCGUGCCUCUAAUGCCUAA